AUGUUCUCACUUAUUACACGUAAAUCUAUUUUUGGUGUAGCAAACUUCAUAGCAAGAGCAGAACCAAAAGGAAAGGCCGCCGCUGGUGGUAAAAAGAAACCAGGUGCAGCAAAAAAGAAAAGAUUUGAUAGAGGUAAUCUUCCAUUAAAAUUAGAAAAAUUAUCACCAACUAUUUUUAAAACCAAAUUACCAGAUGAGAAUUCAAAAUACCCAGAUUGGUUAUUUGAAAUUGAAGAUCAAUUACCAUAUGAUCAACCAGUAAAAUUAUUAUCACCAGAAGAUGGUCAACGUUAUUAUAAACAAAUUUCAAGACAAAAUAUUAAAACUCACAAUAAAAUUAUGGAAAUGACCAAAGGUAGAGGUCUUUAA